CGUGGUUGGAAUCUAAAAACCCGCUGGAUUCCAAUUUCCAAGAAUCGAGGAAAGAUCCCGUCAUUGCUGUGCGAUAGCGACUGCAAAUCUGACUUUGCGAGCUCGAGCACUUUCCCAAUUGUUAAAUCCAAACCCAGAUCAAUCAAACAGGGAUGAAUCUCCAAGCAGAGAGAAUCAGCCAUUAAUGCACUCCACAUAUUCGACAAAAAGUCUUCUCCAGCUCCUCGUUUUACUAUGGAAGGUACCGUUGCACUGGAUUCCGACUACUUCUCGAGCUGCAUUGUCGAGCUGAUGAACUAUGAGGAACACGAUGAAUGGUCAAUCAGCUUUAGUAACUUAUCAGAUCAUAUGUUUCCCUCCACGAAUUUAUCACCCUUCGAUGAAGUGAACUCGAUGGAAGGAGGCUACGAUGACAAGGUGUCGUUUGAAGGUGGUGCGAUGGCGUUGCAAGAGAUGGACAAGGAUGGCAUCAGUGAUCCGAACGGGAAGAUGAAUAAGUGCUCGAAGAAACGUGACGUGGAGAGAAGUGUGAUAUCAAGGCCUCUUAGGCCAUCUCUGGAUGAGAAGCUGCUGAAGGCGUUGCAUCUCUGCAUACGUUCGUUCGGAGAGGGUGCUCUGGCCCAGGUGUGGGUCCCACUGAAGAAUGGCGACGAGUGCGUCCUGACCACGGCUGGACAGCCGUAUUUACACGACGGGCGGCUGUGUGAGUAUCGUGAGAUUUCCAGACUGUUUUCUUUUGCUGCUGAGCCCGAAGCGAGCACUCUUCUUGGGCUUCCCGGCCGUGUCUUCACCUCAAAGGCUCCGGAGUGGACUUCGAACCUGAUGUACUACAAUAAAGCUGAGUACUUGAGGGUGCAGCACGCGGUUCAUCACAAAGUUCGUGGAUCUAUCGCUUUACCUGUGUUUGAGGGUGAUUCAGAUGAAAGAUCUUGUUGUGCUGUUCUUGAAAUCGUAACUACUGAGGAGAAAUCUAGUUUUGAUUCGGAGAUGGAACAUGUAUCUCGUGCUUUACAGGCCGUGGAUUUAAGCAGCCGACAGUCGUCACGCCUUUCUCCGCAGAGUCUCUCGAGUAAUCAAAGGGCGGCAUUGGCCGAAAUCAAGGACAUCUUGUAUGCCGUUUGUCGUUCUCAUCGCUUGCCACUCGCCUUAACAUGGAUCCCUAAUGAGACAGCUCAAGUACUUUUCCUUGAGGAAUCUACCUGCUACUCGACCGACGAGCGUAUGGAGGGAUUCGUGCACACUUGCACGAAUCACUUCCUCGAAGAAGGGAAAGGUCUAGUUGGAAAAGCUCUCAAAUCGAACAGACCCUUUUUCUACCCCGAUGUGAAGGAGUUUCAUGUAAGUGAAUAUCCGCUAGUUCAUCACGCUCGAAAACUAGGCCUGAGUGCUGCUGUUGCUAUCAGGCUAAGAAGUAGUUACACCGGUGAAGACGACUAUGUUGUAGAGUUCUUUCUUCCGGUAGACACAAAAGGGGAUAACGAGCAGCUUCUCUUGGUUAGAAGCCUGUUGGCUAAUGUUGAGACAAUCUGCACUAGUCUAAGUAAAGUUUCAGAAUUCGUCGAGGAAACGAAGACUGAGCAGACGGUUAUAAACGAUGUGUUACACUUACACUCCACCAAAAGAUAUUCUAAACAGGCAGAGAAGAAACGAAAUACGAGUGAGAAGAACAUUAGCUUGAAUGUUCUUCAGAAGUACUUCUCCGGAAACCUUAAAGAUGCUGCAAGUAGCCUUGGUGUGUGUCCUACAACUCUCAAAAGGAUAUGCAGGCAACAUGGAAUCGCUCGAUGGCCUUUCCGCAAAAUAAAAAAGGUCGAUCGGUCUUUGAAGAAGAUACAAGGCAUGCUUGAAUCUGUUCCAGGUGUAAAUCUCGACUGUGGUAGAAAUCUUUUGCUGAGCGGUCGAUGUAGUUUGUCUGCACAAUCAGAUGCCGUUGUCGAAACCACAGCAGCCCAUGUAGUCAUUGAUGUGGAAAGGGAAGAAGAAUGUCUUCUAGAUACGGAAGAUGUAUCGAACCGCGGUGUUGGCGAUGGAUCCAAGUUGGCUGCAUUAGACAUGAGUACAUCAUGGCCGGAUAGUUUGAACACGAUGCCUUGGUUGACUCCAUCAGUGGAUCCUCAUCCACACGAUCCAUUCCUUCCCCAAGCUGGGAACAGUGGAUGGAAAGCAUGCUCCGGUAAUGAGAUUGACAAGAAGCAGGCAUCGUCUGACGUGACUGACUCGCCAUACAUCUCUGAAUCUGUACCAAUGAUGAACGUCAGUUCAUCAAGCUCUGGUAGUCUUGAUGAAACUACAAAUGUGAGGAGAGAUUCUGCCAUAAUCACUGUGAAAGCUACGGACGGAGAAAACACGGUGAGGUUCAAGUUUGAGGCAUCGGCAGGGUGCUUUGAACUGUACACAGAGGUGGCGAAGAGGUUUGAACUUGGAACAGGGGAGUUCCAGCUCAGGUAUCUUGACGACGACGAGGAAUGGGUGCUGCUGGUAACUGAUUCGGAUCUGGUUGAAUGUGUCGAGGUGUUGGAGUUGCUUCAGACUCGUACGGUGAAGUUUCGGGUAAGUCGAGUCGAGGAAGUAAGGUGCAAAAAAUAGUUUCUCGACAGACAGAGGGCUGCUCAUGUCUAUAUGUUUACUUCAUUAUAUGUGAAUAUCUUGACUGUUCCCUUAAUAUAAAAUACAACUAAUUCAGAAGUAGCCGUGUUUGAGUU